AUGACUCCAAAAGCGUCCGCUAAGAUGGAUAUAGAGGCCAGCGAGGAUUAUGACUACUUUCCAGUCAGCGGUAAUCCAGCAGAGGCGGCGAUCAAAGAUGGACUGAAGGGUGCAAAGCAAGGCCAAAUCUUCCCCUAUGCAGAGACACAGGCAGCAGAGAGUGCGCAGACAGCAUCUAGGGAUGGAGAUAAAUAUAGCCGUGCACUUAGCUCAGCUCUGAAUGGAGCUGUGCUGGAGAUUGAUCUCAUCAACAUUCCACAAAGCUCCUCGCCAGAUAUCGACGGCCAGCCGCUCCCAGCCAAACGAACGUCAGACGGAGCGUCAGACUCUAGCCGGUAUUCGGACUUCAGCCAAAGCAUAUCAAUCGGUGGCGAGUCUGAGUACGGCUCUCGGCGCACAUCGUCGAUGACGCAAUCAGUCCCUGGUCCGUCCGCUGCACUCUCGCGCCAGAACAGCUCCGCCCUAGACUCUCCAGGCGCUGCGGCCGUCAAAGUGUUUGAGGUCUCAACUGGUCCGUCAGAAGCAGCGCCAAGAGCAGUAGAACCAGCAGGCGGUGCAGAGAGAGCAGGUUCCCGCAGCUCGGUAGGAUUGGAGAAGGUGUUGUCUCGGGACUCGCAGAUCAGCAUUCUGGAACGAAGUCAAUCACGGUCGAGCGCCUCGUCGACUGGAUGGGCGGAUGGGACUACCGGGCGGUUGGCGGGUCUUGACACAGAGCAGCUUGCAAACCCGGGGGACAUGCUCCGGUUGCUCUCGUCAUUCGUCCCAAAGCUGCUGCUCCAGGCAGCUGCCAGUGAGCCAGAGGCGUUCAGCAGCCGGGCAACGGUCAACUCGUUCAUGGCCGCCAUCAUGAUUGCUGACGUCACCGGCUUCACGCCGCUGACGGAGCGCGCGCUGACGUCGAAGCGGGGCACGGAGCUGGUGGAGGAGCUGACGGUGUGCAUGAACAACUACUUCAACGAGGCCAUUGACAUGGUCUUUGACUAUGGCGGCGACAUCAUCAAGUUUGCAGGGGACUCCCUGAUAGUUGCAUUCCCGGUCAACAGAGCUGCCAAGGAGACUCCGGAGGCCUGUACUUUGCGAGCGGCAGCGUGCGGGUUCGAUCUGGUUUCCACGCUUGGCGCCUAUACUCCCCAGCUUGGGGGUUACGGCGACACCGAUCACAGCAGCCACGAAGACAUGAGCAGCACGAUCGGUGCGUUCCGCCCCGCGUCCACUCUCAACAAAGCCGACCAAGCGAUGAAGGUCCUGGUAGUAGACGACAUCGUUCUCAACCGGGUCGUGCUGUCCAAGAUGCUCACGAAACUGGGGUGCGAAGUGGUUCACGCGAACAACGGGAAGGAAGCGGUGGAGGCUUUUUCGAAGAACGACUUUCCGCUGAUUUUCAUGGAUUUGCUGAUGCCGGUCAUGGACGGGUACGAAGCGACGCGGGAGAUCCGGAAGCUGGAAGACCCACAGGCGCGCCCGACGUUCAUCUCUGCGGUCACCGCUCAGCUCGAGGACCAGGCGAAAAAGGGCUGUUUAGACGCGGGGAUGGACGGCUUCCUCAUGAAGCCAAUCACGAUGGCCCAGCUGGUGACCAUCGUGAAGUCGAAGGCCACGCGCCAAACGAGGGGGUUGAAUCUGGGGAAGACGUUUCCCCUUCCGAAAACGAUGAGUAUCAGCAAGUCGCGGGAGACCACUGUGGCCACAAGCCAAGAGAUCGCAGCGCCGCUGACUCUGUCGCUCAAAGUGAUGGUCGGGGUUGGGGAGGUGCGCAUCCUGAAUGUUGGGGGGGAGCCACAGCUGAAGUCCGGCAUCCCCCGCUGGGAGUACUUUAUGGCGGACCCCCCUCAAGAUCCUACCGCCCCUGACGUCGUCUUGCGUCAGCCGAUGGAUCAGGUCAAGGGGUGCGACCACUUUGCCACGUCGGGCAACGUCAUCUUGUCCCCUGAAGUGUGGGCGCUAAUUGGGAAAGAGUGCGAUGGGGAGGUUUUAGAGCACGGGUUUAUACGGCUGAAUCGGGUGCUGGGUCGGAUCGUGAUUCCAGAACAGAAGAAGAUCCUGGAGUUUAACCAGCCGGAUGUCGCGGCCGCGAUCGUGCGCGGCCUCCGGACGUACAUCCCGGAUAGCGUAUACACACGGUUGCUCCAUAACCAGGCCAGCAGCAGCAGCACAACGGCCCUCGCCGAGAUCAGGCGCUGCACGUGCCUCUUUCUGGGGCUCCCGAGUUUGUCGGACCCGGGGCCACUUGGCGGGCCCCCGCAGCUGACACGUGUCCAGACGGUGCUGACGACGGUGCAGCAGUGCCUAGCGGCGACGGAUGGCUGCCUCCUGCAGAUGCGGAUGGACGAGAAAGGCUACCUCAUGAUCGCCGCGUUUGGCCUGCCCGGAAACACUCACCAGGACGACCCCCUGCGGGGCGUCAAAACGGCGCUGACCAUACGCGAUAAGCUCAAGGCGAUAGGGGAGAUGGGCGUCGCGGGUGUUACCACCGGCAAGCUGCUGUGCGCGACAGUGGGCGGCCGGAGGCGGUGUGAAUACACGGUGUACGGCGACUCGAUCAACCUGAGCGCGCGGCUGAUGAAGAAAGCAACGGACGAGGUAUUGAUUGACUCGGCCACUUACGAUGCCACCAACACAGCGAUAGAGUACGUGGCACUGCCUCCGAUGGCCGUGAAAGGGAAGAAGCAACCGCUGGACGUGUACAGACCCGUCGGUCUGAAGGGCCGAGACGGCAAGAAGGGUCACGCCCUGACCCAGAAUUCCUCAUUCCUGGGAACGGAGUCCCUCUCUCAACUCCUCUUAGUCGGCCGCAAGGAAGAGCUCACGCUUCUCUUGGCCAAAGUUUCUCGCCUCAAAACCCUCUUGAAACGCGACCGCGGCUCGACCAGCGGCCGGAAAAUCCGGCGGUCCACCGCCCAGGACGAGUCCUCCGGAACCAUUGCGGAUUACGGAUCGUUGAUCAGCGGAAGUGCGAUGGAGGACCCGGGGCAGUCCUUUCGGGCGAAACACAAGCUGGUGCUCGCCCCUCUCAAGUCGCCCAGCAUGGAGCCCUCGCGCGACGGCGCGCUGCGGCCGACGCCGCGCGCGCAGAGCUUCGCGCAGCCGGCGAGCCCGACCGCGCGCGCGAUGACGUCAGCGGCGACGCUCGCGGGCGUGGUGCUGAUCCUGGGCCAGGCGGGGAUCGGGAAGUCGAGCCUCAUCAGCAUGAUGCGCGCGCAGGUCGAGGCGCAGAACCCGGAGGUGCAGGUCGUGAUGACGUCAGGAGGUUCUGGCGGGUUGGGUCAGCAAGUGCUCGGGCCGUGGAUCCGGUUAGUGCUCAGCGCAUUGGAGCUGCCCCCGGAGCUUUCCCCUGAGCAGCGGGGGCAAGCCGUGGUCAAGCACCUACCUAGUCUGCUACAGAGUCAAGCUUACUUCCUGAACGACGCUCUCAAAAUGAGCGCCCCGCAGAGCGUCACACCGAACAGUCCGUCCCGCACUGGGCGCGACUUUAAUGCGAGCGAAACUCCGAGUGUGAGUCACGCCCCCACGCCUCAGCACAACGCCCCGGCCCUUAUGAAUCUGCUCGGGCGAUUUCCCCCGAUUGCCGACGAGCCUCCGACGCCCGCGGGCGCGCCGGGAGACGAUCCGACGGACGACCAGCGGCAACGUGGCAAGCGGAGGUUCUCACGAAAAGCGUCGCUGAAGCGCAGAGGGCGCGGCAUGAGCCUGCUUGAGUCCGAGUUGCAAAACCUGCGGGGGCCCUUAAGGCGCAUGUCCAUGCCCGGGGGGGGGGACAGUCCCGACCCUGAAAACAUCCCCCCGGGGGGCUUACCACCGCUACCGGGCACUGUAAUCGAGACCCCCGAAUGGGAGGGACACUCAUCCGAUGCCGGUACUCCCAGGUUAAGCGGCGCUGCGCUUAGGAUGAAUUCUCGGCGGGGGGCUCGGUACUCCACCAUGGCCGAGGGGGGGUAUGACCACACCGAGAUCGCACCCCCCCGGGUUGAAAUCUCUGCGGGAAACACCCCUGAUUUGUUGGAAGACGAGGCCCCGGUGCGGGGACGGCGCGGGUCACGGUUCAUGACGCACGCGGGGGGGGCUAGUCCCGGUCUCAAAGAUGGCUUGCGGUUUGGACCGGGGCAAACGAUCCGUGAGGAGUCCGGGCCGGACGGCCACGUGACCCGGGUGGAGCGGCUGCUCAAGAUCGCCCCGGUGCAGGAGGUGGCGUCCGCGGAGCUGCGCGCGCAGAAGAUGUGCACGCUGCUCAAGCACCUCGUGCUCGCGCUCAUCAAGGCGCCUUGCGUGCUCGUCGUCGAAGACGCGCACGCAAUGGACGAGCCGUCUUGGUCGGUCCUGAAAGCCAUCAGCGAAGAGCCCGCGAGCGGCGUGCUCUGCGUGCUCGCGAGCCGGCCGCUCGCGCCCGACGCGCGCGGCGCGCGCGACUACCAGGCCGUGGUGGCGUCACCCAGCACUACCGAGAUCUUCCUGCGCGAGAUGUCCGCGAGCGACACGCGUGCGCUGAUCUGCAAGCGCGUGUGCCCGACGGAGAAGCCCCGGGGGAUCCCUGAGAGCGUCUUCGACGCAAUCUACAGCAAGACGCACGGUCACCCCCUGUUCGUGGAGCAGAUGACGGGCGCCAUGCUGGAGAAGGGCAUCAUCCGCGUGGCGGCCGACGGCGCGUGCCACGUCAGCAAGGAGUUCGAUCUCGACACGUACAGCUUCAGCUACUCCGUGGAAGCGCUCAUCACCAGCAGGGUCGAUCUGCUCGCGCCCCUGCAGACGAACGUGCUGAAGCUCGCGAGCGUGAUCGGCAUGGACUUCGACGCGGACCUGCUGCUCGCGGUGCUGACGUCACACCUGGUGCGCGACGGCCUGACCGCGAUCACACGCGAGCAGCUGCUGCGGACGCUGGACGACUUGGACCACCUCAACUUCCUGACGGUCCGAAAGGCGGAGAACGGCAAGACGUACCACUUCAGCAAUUCGGUUACGAUGGAGGUUACGGCGUCGAUGCUCCCGUCAAAGCAGCGCCGCACGAUCCACUUGGACGUCGCCCAAGAGCUGGUCGCCCGCGAAUCCGAGUUGGACUUGCUGUGCGUCAGCAUCGCGCAUCACUACACGCAAGCCUGCAAAGACGUGGAGGAUCUAGAGUGCGACGUUACGGACAACGCCGUGUUCUACUGGGAGCGCGCGGCGCGCGACGCGCUGUUCAAGUUCGGACAGUACCGGACGGCCAUACGCUAUUACGAGGAGGCGCUGCAUCUGAGUAAUACGAUGGGGCAGAUGGACCGCGUGGACCAAACGCAGCGCGGCACGUGGCACCGGCACAUCGCUUAUGCGCAUGCGGCGCUGGGCGAGCUGGAUUCCAGCAUGGAACAUUUGAAGCGUUCCUUGCAGGAGAUCGGCGUCCACGUCCCCGCCGCCUGGCCCCGCGUCGCGUCGUUCCGCGCGCGAAGGUUCAGGGUUUGGCGGUUCUGCGGGUGCCGCGGCGCGGGGCUGAAGCACAUCGUGCCGCGCAAGUUCCUGGAAGCCCAGAAGUCGCUGAAGAAGGUUUCUGAGGCGCGCAAGGGCACGAUGGAGAACCUGACGUCACUCGCCGGCAUGCAGCUGCUCAAGAGCCACGUGUUCUACCAGCUGGGCAGCCUGGCGGCCUCGUCGAACGACCUGGCGGUCGCGAUGUACGCGAGCAAGCAGGCCCUCACCUGCGUGCUGACGUCAACGACCGCGCUCAAGAUCGACGUCGCGCGCGCGUACUCGCUGUGCGCGGUGCUCGCGGCCGCGCCCGACGAGGCCGAGUCGAGCAUGAGCCAGUGCAUGGCGGUGCUGGAGAAGUGUCAAUCGGAGAUGGCCACGCCACGUGUCCAAGCGGCGGAGAUCUUCUACAACGUCGCGUUGACCGCGCUGUACCACGGUCAGUGGAUCCAAGCGGAUAAGUACGCGUGCGAUGCGGCGGACGUGUUUGAGCUGUGCCAGGGUCAGCGGGAGGUCGACCUCUGCAACUGCUGUCGAGCCAUGAUCUUCCUCUACCAGGGCAAGUCCAACUUCUGCUUCCAAGAAGGCACGCGCAUGAUCGAGGCUCGAAGGGAUCAUCCUGAGUUGCACCUUUGGGGCUCCUGUUUAGCCGCGGCCGCGGCCGCGGCGCUCGGCGAACAUGACGAGGUAUUACGGAUAUACGAGGAGAUGGAGGCGACGUAUGAAGAGCAGAACCACAAAGAGAAGGUCGCCGAGUACCUCAGCUUGCAGGCGAAGGCUUUCGCCUGCGAGGCGCUGCUGCGCCAGGGCGCACGCGUGCGCGCACUCGAGUGGGCGGCCGCGCUCCUGCCGCGCUUCGCGAGCGGGACGCCGCUCUGCCCGCUCACCCCUGCUGCGACCUGCGCGGUUAUGGAGGUUUUGCUGGACUCGCUCGUGGAGCUGCCAAGUGGCGCCACAAGGACCGCCCGGGAGGAUCAGAUUGCGACACUGACGAAGCACUUCAACUUCGUCUGUCGGCGGAUGGUGUUUGCGCGGGUGUACCAAAAGUACUUCGAGGCGCGCCUAUUGUGGGCCGCCGGCAAGCACAGGCGAGCGCGCGACCAGUUCCGAGAGACGGUGACGCAAGCAGCCAACAUGUCCAUGUGGACACUGCACAGCACCGCCGACACGUGGCUGCACCGCUUCUGA